GUUGCCAUUUCGCGCCAUCAAACAGACAUUCGAAAGGCUCAACCAUGAAAGCCGCUCUAGUACUGUGCUGCCUCGCCCUCUUUGUGGCUCUCCAUGCCGCGGACUACGUGUGCAAUCCUAAUUCAGACAACAAGCCCGACUGCACCAACGCCACCAACCAAGGAGUAAAGAUCCGCAACUUCUUUGAUCCGACCCGGUAUUGGUGGUGCAACUCAAGUAACGUAGCUGUUGGUGUGCCAUGUGAGCUGCAACUUGCAAAUGGCACGGUACAACCAAGAGGUUUCGAUGUGAAAGUGGGUGACUGCGUUGAAUGGGAUCAGUGGCAAUGGUCUCCAUGUUGCCCCUAAAUUCAAUUAUUUUAUUAAAUAAUAAAAAUGAU